AUGAGCGACGUAACUAGAGGAACAAGGGGAGCUUCUAGCUCGAGAGCGCCUGCGAUAGAGGACCCGAGAAUAGAUGGAGUUCUCGGGGCCCUGGAGGAAAUUGGUAAUUUGAUGGGCGGACAAGCUCGGGAAAGAGCUGCUGCCGUGGCUCAGGCCGCAGAGGCUGUUGUGGCCACCGCCAAUGUGGCAAAUGGGAAUAACUAUGGAGGAGGAAACGGGAACGGGAAUCGCCCGAUGAGCCAGUUGGUAGAACAAUUUCUGAAACCGAAACCAGCUCGGUUUGAUGGUGCUGGAGAUCUAGAGAUGGCACCUCGUUGGAUUGAGAAGCUGGAGAAGGCCUUUGAGGUUCUUGGGUGCACCGAUGAGGAGAAAGUGACCCCGGCGACUUACCACGAGGCAUUUAACGAGAAAUAUUUCUCGGAGAUCGCUCAGGAGCGGAAGUUGGUAGAGUUCCAACAACUUCGCCAAAACCAGUUAACGAUCGACCAACAUGAGGCGGAGCUCGCUAGACCGUUAAGGUACGCACCGAGGAUGGUGGAGAACCCAAUCGAUAAGGCGUGGAGAUUUCGAGAUGGAUUGAGGCCCGACCUUCAUAGUCGGAUGAUUGCACCGAACCCGAGGACGUAUGAGGAUAUGUAUGAGAGAGGUCGGAUGAUUGAAAGAGACAUGAAAGAAAGGGCUGCCGCAUCCGGUUCGCGGUUUGCUCCUGUCGGGGAUAAUCGUCAAGCCGGCAAGAGGCCAAUGGCGGGUAAUAGACGCUUCAUCCCUCCAGUUCGGAAGAACAUUGGGAAGCCCAACCAUCAGACCAAUUGGAAUUGUCGCAUGUGCGGCAGAAGGCACCGGAAUGGACCCCGCCCAAGUAGAACGGGCGCGUGCUUCAAGUGUGGCCAGUGGGGCCAUCAAAUAAGGAACCGCCCGAGUCAAGCUCCGGGACCAUAA